AUGAAACGACUGUCCAGUCCUCCGACGCCGACCCUGCUGGCGGUACGUCCUCCGUCCAGUCCUCCGGUCAAGAGCCUGCUGGCGGUGCGUCCUCCGGCCCAGACCCUGCUGGCGGCGCGUCCUCCGACGCCGACCCUGCUGGCGGCGCGUCCUCCGGCCCAGACCCUGCUGGCGGCGCGUCCUCCGGUUCAGACCCUGCUGGCGGUGCGUCCUCUAUCCGGUCAUUCGCCCCAGAGUUCUUCACUGCCAGAACGACUGUCCAGUCCUCCGACGCCGACCCUGCUGGCGGUACGUCCUCCGUCCAGUCCUCCGGUCCAGGGCCUGCUGGCGGUGCGUCCUCCGGCCCAGACCCUGCUGGCGGCGCGUCCUCCGACGCCGACCCUGCUGGCGGCGCGUCCUCCGGGCCAGACCCUGCUGGCGACGCGUCCUCCGGCCCAGACCCUGCUGGCGGCGCGUCCUCUAUCCGGUCAUUCGCCCCAGAGUUCACUGCCAGAACGACUGUCCAGUCCUCCGACGCCGACCCUGCUGGCCGCGCUGCCUCCGUCCAGUCCUCCGGUCCAGAGCCUGCUGGCGGUGCGUCCUCCGGCCCAGACCCUGCUGGCGGCGCGUCCUGCGACCCAGACCCUGCUGGCGGUGCGUCCUCCGGCCCAGACCCUGCUGGCGGCGCGUCCUCUAUCCGGUCAUCCGCCCCAGAGUUCUUCACUGCCAGAACGACUGUCCAGUCCUCCGACGCCGACCCUGCUGGCGGUACGUCCUCCGUCCAGUCCUCCGGUCCAGAGCCUGCUGGCGGUGCGUCCUCCGGCCCAGACCCUGCUGGCGGCGCGUCCUCCGACGCCGACCCUGCUGGCGGCGCGUCCUCCGGGCCAGACCCUGCUGGCGACGCGUCCUCCGGCCCAGACCCUGCUGGCGGCGCGUCCUCUAUCCGGUCAUUCGCCCCAGAGUUCACUGCCAGAACGACUGUCCAGUCCUCCGACGCCGACCCUGUUGGCCGCGCUUCCUCCGCCCAGUCCUCCGGUCCAGAGCCUGCUGGCGGUGCGUCCUCCGGCCCAGACCCUGCUGGCGGUGCGUCCUCCGAUGCCGAUCCUGCUGGCGGUGCGUCCUCCGGUCCAGAGCCUGCUGGCGGUGCGUCAUCCGACGCCGACCCUGCUGACGGCGCGUCCUCCGGCCCAGACCCUGCUGGCGGCGCGUCCUCCGGCCCAGACCUGUCACCACCCUUCAGCGACGAUGCGACCGGCACAGCUACUCUUCCUGUCCAAGUCAGUCCUAUGCCAGCCUGUGCUGCUGGUGGUGACACUGCAGAGCCAUCCAGUCGUCCCUUGCUGA